AUGGAUAUUGAUUCUAAAAAUACAAAAAACCAUCAAGGACAAGCAAACUUAUCCUCAUCUUCGUCAUCGACAGAUUAUCAACUUAUUAGAAAUUCUAGCAAAGUGAGGACACCAAAUGAGUAUUAAAGAAGUAAAGGUCUUGGAGCAGUUACUAGACUACUCGCAAACCUUUGCAAAGAGACAGGUUCAAGAAAAACUUAAAUUGAAUAGAAAAAUGAUCUAAGCAAGGAAUAAAACAAGUACUAUCGCAAAAAUUAGGUAUUCGAAUAAAGUUUUGAAUAAAACAAAACUGAAAUGCUUAAACCAUUAUAUGAGAUAAAUACUAGCAAAUUUAACUCAAUUUUAACUGACAGACAUCAAAGAGGGUAUUAAUUUGCUAGCUAGUUAAAGUCAAUUGGAUUAAAAGCCCAUAAGAUUAUUUCCAAGUGCUAAUUUGACUCUGAUAGAAAUAAUGUUGAUUGGAGAAACAAUCUUAGUCUUGAGGAGAAAUAGAUAGUAAUGAAUUUUCUUAAAGCUUGUGGAGCACCAUUCUAGAUAAAGUCGAGUCAAAGCUUCAGUUCGAAAAACCUGAGAACUCAUUCUUUAAGAACAGAUAGGAAAGGCUCAAUUCCUCAGCUUUGUUCAGGAUUCUAAGACUUUAUGAUUGAGGACAUUUGUGCGAGAUUAUAGCCAAUGCUUUUUUAAAAAGGGCAUAUACUUAAACACGAGAAUGAAGAUCUUGAGUACUUGCAUGUCAUUUGCUUUGGCUAAGUUGGUGUUUAUCAACAACUCCCAAAACCUUUAUUUUAUGACUUGCCUAAUGAAUAGGACGAAGUUGAAAGGUCAAAGUAUAUAAAUUCAAAUACUUUCAAUACUGGUGUUGUUAUUUGUGACCCUGAGCUUAAUCUCAAUGUACUGCCUUUUAAGGAUAAAGCAGUAGUACUUUCAGAUGACUGCUAUACUUUGUCAAUCAGUAAGGAAAAGUAUUACGAAACAUUAACUGAUGAAAUAAACUUAAUAUGGAAGAGAAGAAGAUAGCUACUGAAGAAAAACUUCGUUUUAUUUCAGAACUGGGACUAGGAAAAGCUUAAAAGAGUAGCUUCGAUGUUUAAAGAAAGAUAUCUCAAGAAAGAUGAAGUAUUGUUUCAUGAUGGUAUGAGAGGGAAUAAUUGCUUCUAUAUCUUAGUCAGUGGAACAAUAAGGCUUGAAAAAGAAGUUUACAUUGAGAAAGAAAAUUUCUGGCCUGUAACAGCUACAGGUUGGGAGUCAACAGCAAUAAGAAAGAAGGUGCUCUUUAAAAUCAGAGAAGUUUCAGGAGUCUAGAUUCUAGGAGAAAGGGAGUUCAUAAAAGGAGACGCAUACCCGGUCAGUGCUUUGGCUGACAGUCCUGGAGGAGCUAAAGUACUUAUUAUCUAGUAGCGUGACUACUGUAAAAAGAAAUUGAUGUUAAUGAGUACUGUUAUGUUCCCUAAUGAAGAUGAAGUUAAAAGAAGUAUUGAAGUACUUGAGCAAGUUCAAAAGAUCAAGAAAACGAAAAAGAUUUACCCCUGGGUUGAAGGUGCAAUACCAAAAGUGAAGGCAAGACUUAAGAAAUAGAUUAGGCUGAUUUGUGAAGUUGAGAACUAGAAGGUAUCAGAAGUUGAUAGAGAUGGAAAUUUAAGUGAGUUCUAGAUAUCUCCAAAAAGUUCACAUAUUCAUGGAGGCUCAUUUCAUGUGCAAAGAAAAGAGGGCUCUAUGAAUAAGGCAUUUGGAUUUGAUAGAGGUUUUACCUUAACUAUGGAUAGAACAAGGCCUACUGAUUAGACAUUUGCAAUUAACUCUGAAUUUGAAAAUUUCAGCCCUAGAAAAGCAGAUUAGAAUGAAGAUAAUCAGAGUAGAAACUUAAGUACUUCAUUUUACAAUUAGCGAAGAAGAGUAGUUAACUCUUUUCACUCUCGACAGAGAUCAGAUAUUGCUCAUAACUAAGACAUAGUUAUCAAAGAAAAAGAUCUUGAAAUUGAAACAACUUAAAUGACUGAGAUUAAGGCUUUUAAUUUUGGUACAGUUACUUAAAGAUCUAUUGCUAAUAGCAUUUUAAAAUCCAGAUAAUUCAUACCAGGCAAUAAUAAAUCAAUACAAGUAAAGAAAAGGCUUUUGAACAAACAUUAGUACAUCAAAGCUCAUUAAGAGAAAGAUUUAAGAAGGAGAAAAAUGAUCCCAGAUAUUAUAAGUGGACUAGUUGGAGAAGCUAAAAAUUGCAAUAUAUGA